AUGGAGCUUCCCCCGGUGACCAGCCUGGAGAACCGCACAGUCCUGGGUUUCACGCUCCUGGGCCUGCUGCGCCACACCCCAGCUCACUUCUGCGUCUUCGCGCUGGUCGCUGCCGUGUUCCUGGCCACGCUGGCCGGGAACGGCCUGCUGGUCCUGCUGAUCCUGGUGGACCCACGUCUCCACACCCCCAUGUACUUUUUCCUGUGGCAGCUGUCCCUCCUCGAUGUCCUGUUCACGCUCGCCAUCGUCCCCAAGAUGAUGUCUGACUACCUCCUGCGCAGGACGGCCAUCUCUGUCUCAGGCUGUGGGACCCAGGUCUUCCUGGGACUGGCCUUAGGGGGGACCGAGUGUGUCCUGCUGGGCCUCAUGUCCUAUGACCGGUACGUCGCCAUCUGUGAGCCCCUGCGGUACUCGCUGCUCAUGAGCCGGCCCCGCUGCAGGCAGAUGGCGGCGUUCUCCUGGGGGAGUGGUGUCCUCAAUGCCGUCAUACACACCGUCUACACCAUGAGCUUCCCCUUCUGUGGACCCAGGGAGAUCCACCAUUUCUACUGCGAGCUUCCUGGUGUCGUGCGUCUCUCCUGUGAGGACACCUCGGCCUAUGAGACAGGGGUGCUGAUCAGCACCUCCAUUCUGCUCCUUCUGCCUUUCUCGCUCAUCCUCACGUCCUACUCACUCAUCCUGGUCACCAUCCUCCAAAUGGCUUCUGCCACAGGCCGGAGGAAAGCGCUCUCCACCUGCUCCUCUCAUCUGGCUGUGGUCAGCCUGUAUUACGGUGCCAUCAUUUUUAUGUACAUGAGGCCGAUCUCUUCGCACACCCCAGGCCAAGACAAAGUAGUGUCUGUCUUCUACACCAUCCUGACACCCAUGCUCAACCCACUGAUCUACAGUCUCCGAAAUAAGGAUGUGAUGGGAGCCCUGGGGAAAAUCCUGUGGAGGUGCUCGCUGUAUUCUAAAAUGUAA